AUGUUCCGGUGCGGCGGGUUCGUGCUGGGAUUCUCCACGAACCACGCCAUACUCGACGGCAAGUCGGCGGCACAAAUGUUCCUCAACCUGGGGUCCGCUGCCCGUGGGCACGGCCUCCUCACACCCCAAGUGAACCCUGACCGCACGCCGUUCAAGGCACGGUCCCCACCCCAAAUCCGCUUCCCCCACCACGAGUACUCAUCAGCCCCAACAAAAACGACUUCCUUUACCUCCAGACACCGUAGCUCUCCAGUCGUCUUCUCCGACAAGUACACCCACAAGGUCUUCCCCUUCCUCCCACAAACUCUCGCGAGCCUCAAAUCCAAGGCGGGGCCCGGCGGGGGCUCGACUUUUGACGUGCUGCUCGCCCACAUCUGGAGAGCCAGGACGAGGGCAAUGAUGAUGGCGGAUGAUGAUGACAAUGGGGAGACGACCGUUCUUUUCGCGGUGGACGUGCGGGAGAAGGUGGGCCCGCCGCCUCUGGGGGAGGAUUUCGCGGGGAACGCGGUGAUCACGGGUUUUGCCAGGGCGAAAACACGCGAUUUGAUCGACGGGAGUUUGGGUUUCGGGAGGGAGAGGAUGGAGAGGUUCAUGGCUUUUGUGUUUGAUAUAUGA